CAGGUAACAUUAGAACGUGUAUUAGGAUUAACAUUAUCCUCUAAUACUGGAUUAACAUGUGAUAAUAACACUGGUACUAUAGCAUAUCCAGCAGGAUGUGUUGUGGUAUUAUUCAAUCCAAAACGUAAAAAACAAACACAUUUAUUUAAUUGUUGUAAGAAGACAAUUACUGCUCUUGCUUUUUCUAAAGAUGGCAAACAUUUGGUCACAGGAGAGGCUGGACACCUACCAGCUGUACGAGUCUGGGAUGUGGAAGAGAAAUCACAAGUUGCAGAAUUUCAUGGACACAAUUUUCGGGUUAACUGUGUGGCCUUUUUUCCAAACAGUAAAUAUAUUGUAUCUAUUGGUUCUCAACAUGAUAAAAUGGUUAACGUAUGGAACUGGAAAACUGGUAAUAAAGUAGCCUCUAACAAAAUCUCUUCCAAGGUUAGUGCUGUUGACUUCAGUGAAGAUGGCAGUAAUUUUGUAACUGUGGGACACAGACAUGUUAAAUUUUGGUACUUAGACAGCAGUAAAUCAAAAAUCAAUGCUCCACGACCGCUGUCUGGACGUAAUGGUAUAUUGGGUGAACAGAAGAAUAAUUAUUUUUGUGAUGUGGCGUGUGGUCGUGAUAGACAAGCUAACAACACAUACUGUAUCACACAAUCUGGUUUACUCUGUCAAUUCAACGAGAAACGUCUGCUAGAUAAAUGGGCAGAACUAAGGACUAAAAGUGCUAACUGUAUCAGUGUAGGGGAAGAUUUUAUAUUUGUGGGUUGUUCAGAAGGAACAGUGAGAAUAUUCAGUUCUGAAAGUUUAUUUUUUAUAUCAACUUUACCAUGUCCACAUUUUCUAGGAGUUGAUAUAUCCUCAGCCAUUACUCCUAGUCAUGUUGUACAUCCUAAAGCAGACGCCAAAUAUCCUGAUACUAUGGCUAUAGUUUAUGAUGAUUUUAGUCAGAAGGUAACUUGUGUCUAUAAUGAUCACAGUUUAUAUGUAUGGGAUGUACAUGAUAUUAAAAAAGUAGGAAAAGUCUGGAGUUUUCUAUAUCAUAGUGCCUGUAUUUGGGGACUUGAUGUUUAUCCAUCAUUAGAUAAUAAUAAUAACGCAGUUCUACCUCCUGGUUCGUUUUUAACAUCAUCAGGUGAUGAUACAGUUAGAGUAUGGAAUAUAGAGUCACAGUUACAAGAUAAUACUGUUUAUAAACGCAAUAUAUAUAGCAACGAAUUAUUAAAAAUAAUCUAUGCAGAUCCUGCACAUAAUUUCCUCUGUGAUGUGGAAUACAAUCUUGCUGGUUCUACUGAUAAAACUGAUACUAACUAUGAUAGUAAAAAUGGUAUUCGGUCAAUACGUGUUAGUCCUGAUGGUAAACAUCUUGCUACUGGUGAUAGAGAGGGCAAUAUCAAAAUCUAUGACAUGCAUUUUAUGGAUGAUGUACGGUCAAUAGAAGCUCAUGAUGGAGAUGUUUUAUGUUUAGAAUAUCAUUUUAUUAAAGGAGGCCCUAGAUUACUAGCUACGGCAAGUCGUGAUAGACUAAUACAUGUAUUUGAUGUGGAUGAAAAUUAUGGUCUACUACAAACAUUAGAUGACCAUUCUUCAUCUAUUACUGCUGUCAAAUUCGCUUCCAAUGGUGAAAAAUUAAAAAUGUUGAGUUGUGGAGCUGAUAAAUCUAUUCUCUUUAGAAAUGCCACAAUGGUAAGUGACUGUGAAUUGUUUUUUAAUGUAGACCAGCAUCUAGCUAGUAAAGCUACUCUAUAUGAUAUGAUAAUAGAUCCAUCUCAUAAAUUUGUUGCUACAGCUUGUCAAGACAGAAAUGUCAGAAUAUACAGUAUAGCAAAAGCUAAACAAAAGAAGAACUACAAAGGAACACAAGCAGACGAUGGAGUGUUGCUACGGUUGCAGCUAGAUCCAUCUGGUUCAUAUGUAGCUACGAGUUGUACUGAUAAAUCAAUCUGCAUAGUUGAUUUUUAUACUGGAGAGGUUGUGGCUACCAUGUAUGGACAUUCUGAGGUAGUCACUGGUAUCCAGUUCACCAAUGAUCUCAAACACAUCAUAUCAGUCUCGUCAGAUGGGUGUAUAUUUAUAUGGAAGUUACCAAUUGAUAUGACCAAACAGAUGAAAUGUAGAAUGGAAUUAUUGGGAAAGAUUCCAAAAGAUACCAAAAUAUAUGAUGAUCUCAAGUAA